AUGGUUGGCAUUGAGACCAGUGCUGGUCACACCAAUGGCGUUACUACCAAUGCCACACACGCCCAAUCUCCACAGCAACAACUUCGAAAUCCUUACGCACCUCGUUAUUCAGAUUUCUUGAACAACGUAUCCAACUUCAAAAUAAUAGAGAGCACCCUCCAAGGAGAACAGUUUGCGAACGCAUUUUUUGACACGAAGACUAAAAUUGCCAUAGCCAAGGCCUUGGAUGCCUUUGGCGUUGAGUACAUCGAGCUUACAUCGCCUGCUGCUUCAGAACAGUCUCGGUUAGACUGUGAGGCCAUCUGCAAGCUAGGCCUCAAGGCUAAGAUACUCACGCACAUUCGAUGCCACAUGGAUGAUGCCCGUAUCGCUGUCGAGACAGGCGUCGAUGGUGUUGAUGUUGUCAUCGGGACAUCCUCAUUCCUACGAGAAUUCUCACAUGGGAAGGAUAUGACAUACAUCACCAAGACCGCCAUUGAAGUUAUUAACUUCGUGAAGUCCAAGGGCAUUGAAGUCCGGUUCUCGUCCGAGGACUCGUUCCGCUCUGACUUGGUGGACUUGCUCAGUAUCUAUCAGACGGUUGACAAAGUUGGCGUGAACCGCGUUGGUGUAGCGGAUACGGUCGGUUGUGCUAACCCCCGACAAGUAUAUGAACUCGUCCGCACGUUACGUGGCGUCGUCAGCUGUGAUAUCGAGAUCCAUUUACACAACGACACUGGGUGUGCCGUUGCUAAUGCGUACACUGCUCUGGAAGCCGGUGCCACACACAUUGAUACUUCCGUUCUGGGUAUUGGUGAGCGGGUUGGAAUUACCCCUCUUGGGGCCCUCGUUGCCUGCCUCUACGCCGCCAAUCCAGAAUACGUCAAAUCCAAGUACAAUCUUCCUAUGCUUCGCGAGAUUGAGAACCUCGUCGCUGAGGCUGUCGAGGUCUCCAUUCCCUUCCAAAACCCCGUAACUGGCUAUUGUGCUUUCACGCACAAAGCUGGCAUACACGCCAAAGCUAUUCUCAAUAAUCCGAGCACCUACGAGAUUCUCAAGCCGGAAGAUUUCGGUCUCACUCGCUACGUCUCCAUUGGUCACCGGCUCACAGGCUGGAACGCUGUCAAGUCUCGUGUUGAGCAGCUUCAGCUGGACAUGACGGAUGACCAGAUCAAGGACGCUACCACCAAGAUCAAAGAGCUUGCUGAUGUCCGCACACAAAGUAUGGACGACGUUGACACCGUCUUGCGUGUGUACCACUCUGGUAUCGUCAGCGGAAAGCUCAAGGUCGGAGAGCUUGACGUUCUUGAUGAGCUCUUACGGGCUCACAAGAACGGAAAGGUUGUGACGGCUGCUUCAUCAUGA